AUGUACAGUGAGAUUAUUUUCUUCAGCAAAAUGGUUGCCCAUGCCGACAUUCUUCUGUCUAAAUGUGCUCAGUUUCGAAACGAAAGUCAAUUCAUCGACGUUCAAUUAAAAGUCGGUGAAGACAUCUUUCCAGCUCAUCGCAUCGUGCUGGCUGCAAGUAGUGAUUAUUUCUACGCCAUGUUUACAGAUGGAAUGAAGGAGUCCAACCAGGAAGUGAUCGAGUUAAGAGAUGAAAGCAUUUCACCAGAUGUUUUUAAGAUCAUACUGGACUCCAUCUACACUGGAGAUCUCCUUGUCGACGAGGAAUCCGUGUCCAAGGUUCUUGCUGCCGCAGAUCAUCUUCAAGUGGCGAGCGCUGUUCAUCAGUGUUGUAAUUUCCUGCUGACGAAGUUUGUGAAAAUUUGCUUCGACUUUGAAACGUACUGUCGCAUCUGGGAGAUCGCGCUGAGCUAUGGGUUAAAAGAUCUGCAAGACGCUGCAGAGUGUGCUGUGGCUAAGAUGUAUACAGAUGUUUGUGAGAGCAAGGAAUUUUUGACGCACAUCGGUGGAAACCAGUUAGUCAGCCUUCUUGGCCGAGAUGACCUCAAUGUUCCAUCUGAGACGUUUGUCUUCAUAUCCGUGAUGCAGUGGAUUAACCACAAGAAGGAGGAGAGAAUGGCAGUUGCAGCCAAAGUUAUUGGAGCAGUUCGUCUGGGGUUGGCGGACAUUGGAGUUGUGAUUGACGAUUUGGAUACGAAGGAGAUGAAGCAACUUCCCGAGAUUUAUACGCAAGUGUACGAAGCAGCAAUUUAUAAACACAGACCUACCCAUAAACCUCAAACCGCUACACAGCAAACAAAGCAACGAUCAAAGAACCCGGUUCUUGUUGCUGUUUCACCUCGAGCUCAAAUAAAGUACUUCGACGUCGAAGCCAAGGCUUGGAAAUUGUUGCCAAUAGGUUCACCGUCAAUUGAGGCCACUCAUUGUUACUGUGCAUUAUCUGCUGGUAGUAACUUGUUUGUUGCUGCGAAAGACUCCAUUGGUUACUGCCUUUAUCGCUAUGACCCAGAGGCAAAUGUGUGGGAGAGACUUCCAAACCCAUGUGGUGAAACAAAAAAUCUGUGUCUUUUAGAGGAAUACUUGUACGCAAUCCCUGCCGAUUGCAGCCUUCCUACUUACCGAUACAAUGUCGCCAAACGUAAUUGGCACAUUAGUGAACAGCCCACCGGUUGUAAUCGCUUUUUGAGUAGUGCAGCGGUCUUGCAUUCAAAGGUGUUUAUUCUUUAUGGAUGCUUCAAUUCUUCGGAUUACGGUUGUUUACCCUGGCCGGCAGUUUUACUCUGUUUUGAUUCACAAACAAAUGUGUGGGAGACAGAGAAAGCAACAACCAAUCGUUGUCACUUCAGAUCAAGUCUUAUAGUAGUGAACGGCAAACUCUACGCUGCUGGGGGCAAAGAUUCUUUUGACCGCAGGAAUUUUCUUCCAAGUGGUAACCCUGCACCCGUAGAAAUGUAUAACGAAGACACCGACACUUGGUCUGUUGUUGAGCAAAAACGUAUUCCCGCCAACAAUCUCAAUGCAGUGGAAAUAGAGGGCAGAAUUUAUUUUAUCAUCAAUAAUUUUCCAGUUGACAGUGGGAUCAGAAUCGCACAUGGGAGCCUAGAUUCUGCUCUGUUGAACGAGUGGGAUAACUUAGCAAAGAUCGACCAAAAUGCAGCCCUUGGUUUCUUGGUUGUAAACAGGAAAGAUGAGGUGUGA